UGGGAGAACAAGCGGUUCGCCUCAUUCCGCUGCUCUCUCAGCAUCCAUUCUGUGAGACCCUGUUCCGGAGAGGAGAGAGCUACAUAACAGGCAAAUUGAAGAAGGAAAAGGGGGAAAAAAUCCAUUGAAGAGGGAGGAUAUCGAGGAAAAUAACACAUAAUCAGGGCUUACUGGCAUCCACUAUCACCUCUUACAGCUUUUCACAGAGGUGCCUGAAAGUUUCCAUCUGGGGGACACUCUUCCCUUGUUGUGGGGAUGAACAGCGGAUGCUGAAUUUCAUUCCUGAAGGCAGGAGGAAAGCUGUGAAGACCGGCUGGAUUCACUUGCAGUGGAGCUGGUAGUGCGCACCAGAAGAGAUCCUACAGUGCCUCUUUCUCUCUCUCGCUCUGUCUCUGACACACACAUUUUCCAGUAGAAUACAUGACAUUAUUUCACUGUGCCAAGGUGGAAUAUCUGGGCAAGCAACCCAAAACUAAUUCUCCUGAACCAGGGAAGUAAAGAGGAACAGAUUAUGUACAGAAUCAAUGAAGGACAUCCUGUUUACAAAAAGUAAGUUCUAAUCAGAAAAGGCUUUGAAUUGGGUUCUGAUUCUGAAAGACUUGGAUUUUUGCCCUUUGUUGUGGAGCAGCACUGAGCUUCAAUCAGCUUAUCUUGUGGACUAUAGGGUUCUGGAUGGUAUUUCAAGACUGAGUCUGUGUAGGGACCUAUCCGCUCUCCUGGCAGAAAGCAGACAUGUUCUUUGCCUCUGUUCCAGUAUGGCCCUGGAGUAAGUGACCUGUGAAUAUAGUCACACUGGGGAUUUUCUAAAGGACUUCCUUGCUUCUGUAAGAGUGUAGGGACAUCUGACAUUGGGAAGCCCUGCAGGCAAACUUCCUCAGCCAUCAUAGUUUCGGCAUCUUGCUGAGUCCCGGUACAACUUGUCAUUCUAAAACAUAAAAGACAGAAAAUAGGGACAACCACAGCAAAAGAAGAGAGAAAAGAAUAGGCCAUGGCUGAGGGGAUGAUUGCUUCUCAAAGUGAACCGUGACAGAAUGGUGGACUGUAUGAGCAAAGUCAUGCUGCACACGGUCGUCUCAUGCUGGCAGCCAUUCCUGGGACUGGCCCUCGUGGCUGUCUUUGUGGGUUCUACCCUGGGAUGUCCCUCGCGCUGCGAGUGUUCGGCGCAGAGCAAGGCAGUUGUCUGUCAUCGCAAGCGCAUGCUCAAUAUACCGGACGGCAUCCCCACAGAGACCAGGAUCCUGGACCUGAGUAAGAAUAAGCUGACAAUGAUCAAACCUGAUGACUUUGUUGCCUUUCCUGGUCUUGAGGAACUUGAUCUUAGUGGAAAUAUCAUCAGUUAUGUUGAGCCCGGAGCUUUCAAUGCCCUGUUUAACAUGCACUCGCUCAGUCUCAAGAGCAAUCGUAUCAAGCUCAUUCCUCUGGGUGUCUUUGGAGGUUUGACAAAUCUUACCCGACUGGAUAUAAGUGACAACAAGAUUGUCAUCCUCCUGGAUUAUAUGUUUCAGGACUUGCACAAUCUAAAGUUCUUGGAAGUAGGAGACAACGAUCUGGUUUACAUUUCUCACCGUGCAUUCAGUGGACUUUUAAGCCUGGAGAUACUAACCUUAGAAAGAUGCAACCUUACAAUUGUGCCCACUGAGGCCCUUUCCCACCUGCAUAACCUUGUCAGCCUCCAUCUACGAUACCUCAGCAUCAGCACUUUGCAUCCUUACUCAUUCAAAAAGCUGUUCCGGCUGCGGCAUCUAGAAAUUGAUAAUUGGCCUUUGCUAGACCAUGUGCCAGCCAAUACCCUGCACGGCCUCAACCUUACACUGCUGUUCAUAACCAAUACCAAUUUGUCCUCCUUCCCUUACCAAGCCCUGAAGCAUCUGCCCUACCUGACACACCUCAACCUGUCCUACAACCGCAUCAGGCACAUUGAAGGGGGAAUGCUCAUGGAGCUGGUCCGUCUGCGAGAGCUCCAUCUGGUUGGUGCCCAGUUAACCACCAUUGAACCAUAUGCCUUCCAGGGCCUACGGGGGCUUAAAGUCCUUAAUGUCUCUCACAACCGACUGGAUACACUGGAGAAAGGUGUUUUUCAGUCCCCUGAGUCUCUCGAGGUUCUUCUGAUUGACAACAACCCUUUAGUGUGCGACUGUCGUCUCAUGUGGAUCCUACAAAAAAGGCACUCCAUCUUCUUUGGGGAUUCGCAACCGGAGUGCAGCACACCUGAGGGUAUUCGCGGCAGGCCUUUUAAGGAGUUUAAGGAGACUCUUUUGUCUUAUUACGUGACAUGCACCAAGCCAAAAAUUCGUGAGAAUAAAACACAAACAAUCACUGUGGAUGAAGGCCAGCAGGCAAUGUUGCGCUGCAGUGCUGAGGGGACACCAAGGCCCACUGUGUCCUGGUUGUCCCCACGCCGACGAGUUCUGACAAGUAGGAGCCAUGGUAGAGUGACCGUCCACAACAAUGGCACACUGGAGAUCAAGUCAGCAGAGGUACAAGACAGCGGAGUGUACCUUUGCCUUGCAUCAAACACCGCUGGGAAUGACACCCUGAUGACUUCAUUGGCGGUGAAAAGUCUGGGAUCGCUGUAUGCUAACAGGACCCAGUACUACACAGAUCCUAGCAAUACCACUACCAAUGGGACGACUGGUGUGACCCUUGGUCUGGACCUAAAGACUAUUCUGGUGUCAACAGCUAUGGGUUGUUUUACGUUCCUGGGAGUGGUCUUGUUUUGUUUCCUGCUCCUUUUUGUUUGGAGCAGAGGCAAAGGAAAACAUAAAAACAACAUAGAUGUUGAAUAUGUGCCUCGGUCAAAGUCCAAUGGCACUAACGUUGACUCGGCAGAGGGACAAGCUGGUCCUCGUCGUUUUAACAUGAAAAUGAUGUGACUUCUUUUAUAGAUUAUGGAUUGUGGAAAUGCCUAAAGUACAAUGUAUUUUUUUGCAAAUAGGACUACUGAACUUCCCAAUGCAGGGAGUGGUAGUGAGAAGAUUUGGGGCAUCCUAACAAGAAGAGCAGUACCUUAAAUCACUGGAUCUUUACAAAAUGCUUGGAUACUGUUUCAAAUACUGAAAUGCGAGUAGGACAUCCUUACAUAAUGGCCAGCGGGCAACUUCUUCAACAUGGAUGAAGAGUGAAAACUGUUGCCGUCAAGGGGACCUAAAGGGAACAGGUGUCAUUUAUCAGCUUUUUGAAAUUUAUAUGCCCAAAAAGAACCCUUCAGUUUUGGGUUGGAUCCACAGACUCUGCUGAACCAUGUACAGUACAAAUUUGUAUCUAAGCUAUUAACCUACUUUGUUUAGUCUUGCGCCAUGCUUAUUCACAGAACGAAUCAAUGAAACAGACCAUCAUUUCCUAUGUUCAAUACUUUGCAUAUGUGUACCUAAUGCUUCAUUAUGUACAUGUAUGUACAUAUUCAUUCAAAAGAACUAUUCAUAGCAAUAUUCAUGGGAUGCAUUAGCCAAAAUUGAUAUAACCCCACAUUCAGCAAGAACAUUCUUCAGACUUUUAAGGUUUCCAUGGAUUCAGGAAGGGCUUCUAUGGGUGAUUAUCUGUCCCUGUUCCCCCAAUUGAUUCCUAGAUAUUAAUAAAUAUAUAUUAUUUAUCAAUGAAAAUAAAAGAAAAAAAUCAAAAUAAAAUGUUGAGCAUUUUACAAAAUCAGUCCUCAAAUACUGUUCAGGAUCCAACAUAACACUUGAUCAUCAUAAAGAUGACCCAGUAUUGGUCAAAGUACCUACAUGAACCACCUUUUUGUCCUAUUUUCGUCUCUUCUUAUUCCUUUAACUGUACCUUUGCUGGUUGGCAAACUACAUGUGUCAAUUUUACUACAGUGACAUUUGCAUCAUUUUGCCCAGUAGGAAAUUUGGACUUUGUUGUGGUAGUUCCUCAUUUUGUUGUUGAAUCACUUAGAUUGUGAAAACUUCAAAAGUAAAAGUAAAAAAAUAUGUAUGUGAAAUAAAUGAAGAUGUAUUUGUA